UAAUAACUCAAAAGUGCGCCUCCAAUGGCGAUCAGAGUUGCAUUUUCAGCUUUUUAUCAAAGUGGCAGCACCAUUCUUUUGUUAAUCUGGUCACUCUAAGGGUCAAUCACGUUUUAAGUCACUUAAAAGCUUCGUCAUUGAAUCGAACUAAAAUGGAUUGGUCAAAGAACUGUUUCAACAAGCGGUUCAAACCUAUUCCUGUGCUGAUUCCGAAGAAACCAAAACUGUCAAAGGAAUUGAGGGUACAGGAAACUUUAUUCGGAGAUGUGGAAGCGCUGACUUGGGCCCAAACUCUAACUGAAUUGAAUGCCAGAAUGUCAAAGAUGCAGACCACAGAUUCGAAAAUGGAUGAGGGUCAGAUGAAAUCCUUGGGCAUUUCUGCUCCAAGAACGCCGACAAAGGAAGAAAUACUGGAGAUAUACCAGGACGUAUCCAAACUGGGGGACAUCGAGCGCUAUCUGAAUAUAUUAUACACACCCUUUUAUUGCACUGGCAUCACUUCAUGCAAGUUCGAUCUCUUGGACCUUCAGCUUCUUAUGAAUAAUUCCGCGUACGAUCCGGAAAGGCAGUUGUGUGUGCUUGUCAAACGCAUAAACCCGGUGAGCAAUCUGAAGAUCUAUCCCAAUGGCAACAUAUAUUGCCAGGGAUAUAGCCGCGAUUCUGCCCGAAAAGGUAUGAUCAACAUGCUGCGCGAACUGAGGGACAUGGGCUACAAUCCUCGUCUUCGCCGGAUGAAGUACAACGUGAUUAACGCCAGUUUCAGUGUACACUUCAGUGUGAACUUGCAGCAGCUGCACUCGCAAUAUCCCCAGAUCUCAGAAUACGAUCCCUUCAACCUGCCGUAUUUGAGUUACAUCAUGGCGGGAACUCAGGUCAAGCUCGUCAUCUUUCCCACGGGCUUUGUGUUCGUGAUGGCGGCCACCAGUCGGGGAACCGCCAAGCUGGCCAUAUCCCACAUCCUGCCGAUAUUGUAUACCUUCAAGGACUCGGAGCUGGAGAGUUGCAAAAGGAACCUGAGUCGGGGAGAUAUCGAUUACAAGGUUCUGUGGGAGAGAUUUUUUCAGAUGGAGAACGACCUCAGGGUUCAGUGGUGAACCUCGCAGAAAACGAAUGCUUCUCAAGAUAAUGAAAACGAAAGAGAUUGAGUGAAUGCCAAAUAUAAACUUGAAUUUUUCAUGACCACAAACUUUUCCCCUUUACACGCAGAGCAGGCUAAAUGAGCCAUAAAUGUCGGAAAAGCGCCCGGAGAAUUUUACGCCUGCCUUAAAUUGGGCUCAAAACUUUGUCUUAAAAUAAA